GUUGUCCUUGCCUUUUUUGUGACUUCCAGAUGAGUUAUUGCUGUGCUCAUGGAGGAAUUUUGGAAGGGCAACCACUUCUGUGAAGAAUUUCUUUUGACCUUGGCAUAUUGUGCUACUGGACCUUGCCAUGAUGUUUAUACCUGUGGGAGGAAAAUAUUUGAUAAAAACAAAUACAAGGGAAGGUUUACAGAAGAAAUCAAAGCAUUGCUCAGAUUUCAUACAAUGCAUGGCAGUAACUGGCAAAAGAUUUCAGAAUUGACUGGUCAUAGCCAGUUCGCUCUAGAGAAAAAAUUUUCUCAGAUCAGUAGCUGCAGGGGCGCAACUACACAUUUCCAAGCGGAAAAGCUUGCCAGGACUGAUUUUGAGGACUUUGAUGAGAAUGAGCUAAAAGUUGACCAGCAGGAGACCUUCCUUCUCGCUGACAUCUUUAAGGACAUUGAGGAAUCUUGUGAUGACAGUGAUGAGGAGAGUGGACAAAGACAGAAAGAGUGA